AUGCCAAAUAUCAUUUCUAAUGCAGAGUUAAUUGAACCAAUCAUUGAAUCGCCACUAUUCACAUCUAUCCUUAAAUCUUUCAAUGAUUCAUCUAACUCUUUCAAAAAACUUAUUUCUGUUCUUCACAUGAACAAAGCGACUUAUGUUAAAUUCAUUCAACAAGCUCAGACAUCGUUGCAGAAUUUUAUUACUACCUCAGCUGCUACACCAGAGUUACCUCAAGUCAAAGUGCUUUAA